GUUAUUUUUUCUGAUGGGUGGGGGGGCGAUAUCUAGUGUUAGUUCCACUUAAACAGCCAAUCAAAAAGCAGAUUUGAAAUCACCUUAUUUGCAUGAGAGGUUUCUACUGGCUGAUUUGACCCAAUCAGGAAUUGAGAUAGAUUAAGCACCUAUUUGCAUAGAAGCCCUACAAAAAUAGGCCAACAUUGUAACAGAUGUUGUCAGUUUUCGUCUGUUUAAUAACUUUACACCAUGCCUGAGCUGGCGAAAUCUGCUCCUGCAUCCAAGAAGGGAUCUAAGAAGGCGGUGACCAAGGCGCAGAAGAAGGAUGGCAAGAAGCGCAAGCGCAGCCGCAAGGAGAGCUACUCCGUAUACGUGUACAAGGUGCUGAAGCAGGUCCACCCGGACACUGGCAUCUCGUCCAAGGCCAUGGGCAUCAUGAAUUCGUUCGUCAAUGACAUCUUUGAACGCAUCGCGGGCGAGGCGUCGCGCCUGGCGCAUUACAACAAACGCUCGACCAUCACGUCGAGGGAGAUCCAGACGGCCGUACGCCUGCUGCUCCCCGGGGAGCUGGCCAAGCACGCCGUGUCCGAGGGUACCAAGGCUGUCACCAAGUACACCAGCUCCAAGUAAA